CAAAUUAUUUAAAUGACCUCUUGUUUCUUUACCGAUUUACAGAGCAAUUUUCUGAAGCGCGUAAUUUGUUUACGCGCAAUUUCCCCCCCAAAAAAUCGGAGUUUGCAUAAAUUAAUGAAUUCCGUGACCUUUUCGCGCAAGGCCGAGAGCCGCGCGAUGGAGGGUCGUCUAGUUUCUCUGUUCGAUUGCAAUUCCGCCUUAUCACCUCGCGGAUUACAGUCGGAAUCGCCAUCUGGCUCGCGUCGAUGGUCGAUGGCACACCCGUGUCCAAGAUGGCGUCGCUCGUUGACAGCUACGAGCAGCAGUAUGCCGUUCUGACAGCUGACAUCACCGCGAAAAUCGGGCGGAUCAGGAUCCAGAGUGGCGGUGAGAAAAGGGCCUUCGUGCAGGAUGUGGACCGGCAAAUCGAGGAGGCGCAGGAGCUGCUGGAACAGAUGGAGUUGGAGGUUCGUGGGAUGAACGGAGCGGCGCGCGAUCGUCUACGCGGUCGCGUGGAAAGUCACAGAGCAGAACUGAAACGCUUGACGCAAGAAUUUCAAACGGCAAAGAAACCAAGAGAGGACACGGAAAUCACGGUGGAGGAGUCUUGGGACAAUAAUGUUACGGAAGACCAAAGGAAAAGAUUACUGGAUGCCUCUGAAAGAAUAGAACGGUCGGGACGGACAUUACAGAAUGGUUAUCGUAUGGCGUUGGAGACAGAAGAGAUCGGCUCUCAGGUCCUGAAGGAACUCCACGAACAGCGUGAAACGAUACAACGAAGUAGAGGGAGGUUACGUGAAACAGAUGCGGAAUUAGGACGAGGAUCUCGGUUACUAUCGGGAAUGAUCUUUCGAAGCCUUCAACAGAGAAUUAUUUUGGCAGGGGUAGCAUUAGUACUUAUAAUCGUCGCGUUCAUUGUGAUAUACUAUAGUUUUAAGAGUUAAAGAACAGACAUUUUUUAUCGGCCAGAUCCACUAGAUGUGGUUUGGAAGUCAUAUUUAUUAUCAGACUUCAAAAUGUUAUCUCUAUCAAAUUGCGAGGUAAUUAUGUAUCGUCUAUUCAAUUCUUUCGAACUUGUUUGUCACAUUUUGCCUCGAAACGCCAGUCUUUACAUAUAUUCUCUCAACUUUACCAGCAUUGGACGACUAAACCAGUGAUCUCUUACAAAACCAAUGUUUCAAGCGAGCAAGUAAAAUUCUGGCAAGAUGUGUCAUCAAACAAGAACAAAAGACUCCAUUUAAUGUUAUGUAAAGUCUUGUAUAAAAAAAUAUUGACCCAUUCUCGUAAGGUAAUUGUUAAAACGGUUUCACGAUUCUUUACCAUUUGGGAGUCGAAGUUAAUUGACUAUGUUAAUUGAAACUGUAUUGCAUAGACUGAUUAGCAAACAUGUUAUUUUCAAGUGCAUCGGAAAGGAUCGUAAAACCGUUUGAAUAUUGUUAUCCGAGCGAUAUCCGAAUCUUGAUCAGCGGUUAACACAUUGCGUUCGAGUCUCUAAAGAUAUUCCGAACCACAAAAUAUAUUCAACAAGAAAUGUAUUUAUUAAGUCAUAUUCAAGGUUUUCUCGACGUUACGUGCGCCGAUUAUCGGGCACAUUUUGAAAUAUAUUACCUCUUCAGGGUAAUACUCAAGGAAAUAUUACCUGUUCAAGUUAACAACUACGUGUAAUUGUUGUAAUUUUGACCUGAGCCGUAAUAUCGGGUGAGUUCACUGCGAUGGACUCUACCACAGUUAAAAAUGCAUUCUCUAAUCUCAUCUCUUACAUGAGAAUAACAACAGUCACUGUGUACAUUAUUGAAGUAUGCGUGGGUAAGGAUCAAACUGUAAAUACAUUCAUCACCGAAAAUAUCAAAGGAUGCUUGUAAUUGAGAGUAAGAGAGAAACUAGACGCGCCUAAUAAUAACUCCUUUUAUUA